CGAAAGAAGUCUCCGAUCUCGUUCGGCCUGCGAGCGAAGACGUUGCACUCGUACGGUCUUGGCUCGAGGAGUACGAUGUUCCAGCCGAUUCCAUCGUGCUGAAUCCACGAUCGGACUGGCUGUCUACCGUUACCACCGUUGGUCAGCUGGAGAGGCUGUUGAACACUACAUUCAAUGAUUACUACUGCGAGAAGAAGGCGGAAUGGGACCGGUCGAUCAUAACAGAGUACUCUAUCCCGCGAUACGUGGAUGGGCGUAUUGACCUUGUCGGGGUAAAGACUGUCGAGCAAGCUGCUGCGCCGCCCGACAGCCCCCGAGGACGCAAGAGAGCUAUAGAGAAGAGGAGUCGAGAGGCGGGAGGAGCUCCUGGCCGAGCACAGCGCACAAAAGCCCUUUCUCAAGGCCUUGCUGCAAUGCGAAGAGACCAAAACCAAACGAACCAGAUCAGCGAACGCAAGCUGGUAGCAAAUGACUGCUCCGAUGGGAACGGAACAACCGCAUGCCUCCGUGCACUCUACGGCACAUCCGACUAUACGCCGCAGGCUCUGAGCACUAACCGGAUCGGAGUCUUCAGCAUGAUGGACGAUAGCCCUAAUUACGCCGACCUCGCCAUAUUCAUGAGAUCCAGCCGUCCAGACAUUGCUGAGAUGAGCGUGGACAUCAUCGACAUCUCAAAUGCCACUAACGACCAGAAUGGACAUCGCGAGGACAUGGUUGGGUUAGAGGCUGCUAUUGACGCACAGAUGAUACUAGGCAUCGCCGCGCCUACGAAGCUGACCAGUUAUCUGGUUGGAGCAGAAUCCAACAACUAUAUUGAUGUUCUGUCGAUGGACGAGUAUCAACGGAAGGAACUGACAUCGAACUUUGACGAUGGCUUCUUGAAUUGGAUUGACUACCUACUGAACCAAGAACGAGUCCCGCCAGUCAUCAGCCACUCCUACGGCGGGGGUGAGAACUCCGGAGGCGAGCAAUACGAUAGACGAUUCUGUGCUGGCAUCCUUCAGCUCGCGGUCCGCGGUGUCUCGAUGAUCUUCGCGUCGGGGGAUAAUGGCGUGGGCACGGAAAAGGACUGCCAUUCACUUGCAGACCCGACCAAGAGGGCGUUCUCCCCUAACAUGCCCGGGACGUGCCCUUGGGUCACCGUGGUGGGAGGUGAGUCUCACCACUUCGGGAGUCGUUCUGAAAUGACCACUGAUUUCAUCCCCAUGGGUAUAGCCACAGGGGGCUUCAACACGCAAGUUGCACCCACGUGGUAUGCCUCGAGCGGUGGCUUCAGCAACGACUUCGCAACCCCCGACUGGCAAGCAGCAGACGUUGAAACGUACAUCGAGAGCCUCAACGGCCUGCACGACGGCCUGUACAACAAGCAGGGCAGAGGAUACCCCGACGUUGCUGCUCAAGGAGAGCUAAACGAUAUAAUUAUGGACGGGCAACAUUUUGAGGGUGCCGGGACGUCGGCUGCCGCGCCGAUUUUCGCCGCUAUCAUCGCCCUUGUCAAUGAUGCGUUGCUAGCGGACGGCAAGCCACCGCUCGGCUUCCUCAAUCCGUGGUUGUACACGACGGCACGCAACGCGUUCACUGACGUGACUGUGGGCUCGUCGUUUGGGUGCGGGACUGAUGGCUUCCCUGCGCGGAAAGGGUGGGAUCCCGUCACCGGCCUGGGCUCGCCGAAUUUCAAGCUGUUGCUGGAAGCUGCGUUUGAGCCUUAUAAACAAAGAUCGAAUCUGACUGCGGGAUGAGGGGUGCAGGAACGCCUGCACACAGUGUGACGGCUACAACAAGGCAUGCGUGAAGGAAAGACCGGGGGUUUGUACAGGUCAGAUGAAUUGUCUAAACGAGGUCAAUGGUGAAGUGAAUGCGCCAU